GCCUGUGAGCGAGACCUCCAGGAUUUCUCUGGAGCCAUAGAAGCAAUAAACCUCGACUUGGAAGAGCAGAAAACGCGAAUGGAGAGUCUGCAGAACAUGGUCGCAGCGAGGAUGAAAGCUGAAGAGAGGAUUGGCGAACAGGUCGCUUUUUUUAUCGUUCAUAUUCAUAGCACAAAAACGAAUAAUAUUCAAUUGCAAAACCUGCCUAUUUUAGAAAUUCUGUCCUUCGAGAUCGAGGUGUAAAAUGUGCUGGAGUAUCGUGAGUAUUCCAGAUUCUUAACAAACCCACUUCCUCAUCCUCUUACCUAGGUCAACGGUCUCCAAUCCGGCUUGAGCGCCACCCAGGUGGACCUUUCCG